GCUUUUGCGGAAGCCAGAGAAGCCGAGGCGGCGCUAAAUCAAAUUAGCAUACUAACUAGUUAGCUCUGCGCCGAUGUGGAUGGACGGGUGAACGGAGCUUCCUGAAGAAAUACACAUCUUCUAAAAUCAAGACACCGCCGAUUCCGGGCUCAUUUUGUUGGGAUCUUGCUGCCGUCCGCCUGCCGAGGAGAUGGGGGACAAGGCGGGCACCAGAGUUUUCAAGAAGUCGAGCCCCAAUUGUAAGGUGACAGUUUACCUGGGAAAGAGAGACUUUGUGGAUCACCUGGACCACGUGGAUCCAGUAGAUGGAGUGAUCCUCGUUGACCCCGAGUAUCUGAAGGACAGGAAAGUCUUCGUCACACUGACCUGUGCGUUCCGAUAUGGUCGUGAGGACCUGGACGUGCUGGGUCUGUCUUUCAGGAAGGAUCUGUACAUCUCCACCUUCCAGGCCUUCCCUCCGGUGCCUGAGGAGCGGAAACCGAACAGCCGGCUGCAGGAGCGGCUGCUGAAGAAGCUCGGCCAGCAUGCACACCCCUUCUACUUCACUAUUCCUCAGAACCUCCCAUGUUCAGUCACUUUACAGCCCGGCCCAGAGGACACUGGGAAGGCCUGCGGUGUUGACUUCGAGAUCAGAGCUUUCUGUGCCAAGUCAAUAGAAGAGAAGAUUCACAAGAGGAACUCGGUGCGUCUGGUCAUCAGGAAGGUUCAGUACGCUCCGGAGAAGCCUGGCCCUCAGCCAAUGGUGGAGACGACCCGCAGCUUCCUGAUGUCUGACAGAUCCCUACACCUGGAGGCCUCUCUGGACAAGGAGCUGUAUUACCACGGAGAGCCCAUCAGCGUCAACGUUCACGUCACCAACAACUCCACCAAGACCGUCAAGAGAGUCAAGAUCUCCGUGCGUCAGUAUGCAGACAUCUGCCUGUUCAGUACUGCCCAGUAUAAAUGUCCAGUGGCUCAGCUGGAGGCAGACGACCAGGUGUCAUCCAGCUCCACCUUCUGUAAGGUGUACACUCUGACCCCGACGCUCGACAAGAACAGAGAGAAGAGAGGACUCGCUCUCGACGGCAAACUCAAACAUGAAGACACCAACCUGGCCUCCUCCACCAUUGUGAAGGAUGUCACCAACAAGGAGGUUCUGGGGAUCCUGGUGUCCUACAGAGUCAAAGUCAAGCUGGUGGUCUCACGUGGAGGAGACGUGUCGGUGGAGCUGCCCUUCAUCUUAAUGCAUCCUAAACCUGUGGAGCCCCCGGUGUCCCGCCCACAGUCAGCUGUGCCAGAGAUGGACCCCCCCAUCGAUACCAAUUUGAUAGAAUUCGACACAAACAGCAUCUCCCAGGACGACGACUUCGUGUUCGAGGACUUCGCCCGCCUGCGGCUCAAAGGCGUCGUGGACGACAAGGACGAGGACUGCUAGGAGCUCGCCAAUCCCUUCAUACGCUCGCUUCGAAACCACCACACAAACACACACACACACACACACUCCUACACUCUUCACGUUACAUUCCCCGGUGGAGGGGAUGGAUGAGGGCAUGUUUGGACGGAGGCCUCGCAGGGGCAUCGGUGGUGUUCUUCCUCUCUUGCUUCAGCCAUUUGUCACGCCGCCGCCAUUUUUGCCGCCGUCUUCUCCAUCUGUCUUCUGUUUCUCUUUUUGCUGAAGGUUGAAAAACUAUCAAUGUUAAGCAGCUGCAGGACAGAUGUUGGCGGUGUGGAUUGAAUCUGCUGUUUCUUUCUGUGUAGUCAGGACGUUCAGGUGUGGGCGGGGCUGGUGACAUAUGAGAAGGAAUGAUUGAUCGGCGGAAACAGAAAAAGUAUACGUAGUAGGACUCGCAGUGUUCGUCCUCCUUUACUUUGAAGUCUUUCUUUGAAUGCCGACCGUUUCCGCGGCGACGAUCACCGUCUUGUACAAACAGAAUAUAUAUUUGAAACAUAGAAAAAAGUAAUCUUCUACGAGCAGUUGAGAUCUGUGUUGAGUGGUGAUCGCCGUUUUUCUUAAAAGUAAAUACUGUAGAUGCUUUUUACAUCGUGGCUGCAAGGGGAGGAGACACACACACACACACACACAGUUACAGUCACAGCAGUCUUAUACAGGCGACUGAAGUUCGAUUUCACCAGCAUCCACUCUCUCCUGCUCUCGUCACUCUCUGAACCCCGUCGUCCGCUUUGUAAAACAUUUGUUACGCGUCACGCUCGCGGUUUCUGUGUAAGAACCAUUCCAGCGUUGAUGGAGUUGUUUCCUUUCAUUUAGAACAAUUUCCAUCACUCUGAAGUUAAAGAAUAAGUUGGGUUGUUUUCAGCAUUUUGCUUUUUGUCACCAAAUUUCAUGAAAAGAUCCAACUGAAGGUGUAAAUCACAAAUGACCUGAAAGCAGGUAUAUGAAGCUGCAGCGAUCUAAAGCCAAGAGCUUUUCUCCAUUUGGAACAAGACUUGAUAGAAAUUAACCAAAAUAAUUCCUGCAUAUAAAAUAAGACUGAUAAGUCUGGUGUUAUUCUGUAUUUUUGUUAUUGUCAGCAAUCCCAUGAAAAGGCUAAAACAAACUUUGUUUUUGAAAGAAGAAAUUCACCCACAGAGGAGGAAAUAGUGCUUUUAGUGGACUUACAGGAAGAUGUGUAAUAUGUGGAGCGUUAGAACCACUGUGAGGAAACAUAACAUUUGAAUUUGAGCAUUAAAGUCAAGAAAGUUCAAGAAAAAUGUUUUACAAGUUAAAAUUAUUAACCUCACAAAUCAUUAAUUAAAGUUCAAAAUAUUUCCAGAAUAAAUUUAGAUUUUUACCUGUUGGUUCCCAGUGAAGAUCUUUAAAAACGGCUCACAAAUAUUCUUAUUCUUAAACCAGACUUUUCAUGCAGGUAUUUUUUGGUCGAAGGGUCUAAAGCCAUCGAGUGACUUUUCUCACCGAACGAAGUAAUAAUAUGUGUGAAAUUUUUUUUAAAAGGGACAUUUUGUCAGUAUAAACCUUCUUGGCACAGAGAAAUAAGCUAUCAGACUAUCACCAGACUUCUAUAUGUUUCACUUUUCUUUUCUGCACCAGGUUUAAAUCGGGGUUGUGGUGCCUCUCCGGCUCGUUCAGCUGUGGAUUUGUUCUUCAGUCAGGGAAGUUAAUUGAUCACCGAUAAGCAGAAGCUCCAGUCAGACGUCAGAAUAUUUCAUUCUUUGUUCUUCAGUGAUUUUCACAUCUUUCUGUGAAGGAAUCAAAGGAUCGUGCACACUUGCACUCACUUUAUUGAAGAAGUUUCAGGUUUUUGAGCUUAAGUUGUCCACCGGCUACAGAUAAAUAAACUUUUUUUUUUUUUGCUCACACAGUUUUGAUGUCACCUUCCUCUCCUCUUUAAAAAAAACAGCGUUUAACUGUUAAUAACACCAAACCGAACUGAGCACAAACUCUGAUCACGCUGGAAUCGUUUUUUAAACUCGGAUUAAACUUUAAGCCUGAGUUGGACCUCGAAUCACUCAGCAGACUGAGAUAUUUGACCUGCAUCUGCUUUAAAUUGGUCUGGUUUCUGCUCAUUUGGUCCUGUUUACACCUGACUGACAGUAAAAGUGGACUUCUCUUCCUUUUCUGAAACACAGAGCAGCACUCGCGUCACUUCUUUUAGUUGUGAAAUGCUUUAAAACCGAUGCUAAACUGUGAGUUUAUAUUCAGACUGAAUCAGACCAAUCAGAGAGAGCGGUCAGCUGAAACAGUCCGUGACUCGACCCCACCUGGCUUAAAGGAUCAAACUGUCAUCAUCAGCUUGUUAAAGGGAAAUACUGCUGUUCUUUUGUUUAUCACCAUCUCUGCUUAAAAUUCUCAUUGACCCAAAUGCACUUUCAGCAAAUAUGUAUAAAUACAUUAAGUGUUUAUUUUUGAAGGAUCAAGCUGCAUCUUUUAGUAAUUUAGUUACCACUGUAAACUGCAUUGUGCCUUCUAGAUCUCACUGUUGCCAAUAAGAUAUCUUUUAUUGCCAGUCCCUUGUUUAUUUUUUUGAUUAUUGCGGCUAAAAGCAGAAUUUGCAGUGUAGACUGUGAUGCAGUUGUGACUCUUUUGUUACUCGGUAAAUUGAAGGAACCUACUGUACGUCGACAAAAAGAAAAAAAAAAGCCAAUUAUAAGUACGUCCGGACGAUGAUUCUCUGUUAUUGUCUAUCGUUGUUCCCUAUAGAUAGGCUGUAAGUUCUUGUGUUAGCAAUAACGUUAUUCACAGUGCUUAUGUCUUAAUUACUGAUGAGUUAAAUUUUAAUUGUAGGAUUUUUUUAACGACUAGUCAAGAAAAAAAUGUCUUCUAUUUAAUUAAAAAAAACAUGCACAAGUUUUACCAUCAGCCUUCUGUUUUUAAAUGCUAGCUAUUUAAAACAAAUGUCGAGAUCGUUUUGUGGUAAUUAUUCAUUAAUUUUGCCUUUGAAAUGUGUCCCUAAUUAUAGGCGGUUCGCGUGUUUUCUGCCCUGAAUAAUGCCUGGCAGGCAGAAGUUAUCAUGUGACCUAAUUGGGAAUACUUUGGUUAUGUGAGAACAACUAAGCCAUCUCCAUGGCAACGGAAAUGUGUUUGAAAGCCUCGGAAACAACGAACAAGUUGGACCUUGUGUUGAGGGUUUCUUGUUUUUUGUUUAAUUAAAUUCUUGUAAAAUUCAGACUUUUUGUCUGGUAAAAUUACAACUUGAAUGCCGAUAAUAUGACUUUUUGUUUCAUAAAUUAUUGUAUUGACAUUCGUCACGUUUUAAUCUCAUAAAAUUUAGUCUUUAUUAUGAGUAAAAUUUCUUAGAUUACAAUUUAUUCUCUAAAGGACUUUUUGUCUUAUAAAAAUACAGCUUUCCCGUAACACCGCUGCUUUUUACUGGCUUUAGUUGACUUUGCUCUCAGAACUAUAACUUAACUGUCAAAACACAUUUCAAAUAUUUCAUCGUAAUGAAAUCUCAGUUUAUUUCUCACCGUGGCCCUAAUUCUACAGUCUUAUCACCAGUGUCUAUGUUGUGUGACAUAAAGUUAAAAUACAAAUGACCAAAUCAUACACGAGGAAAAGUGCCAUGAAAACGUCCAGAGCCAAUGAAAACAGUGCAUGAGAGAUGUGACUAAAAUAAACCAAACGGCACCAGUGUUUCCCUUCAAAACCACCACAUGACCCUCCUGCCUCCCCUUCUCCUGAAGCAUCAUCCCUCUUUACGUUUUUGUUUUCUUCAUUCAGACUCAGACAUGAUGUGAAGGACUUCAGCAGCUCGGGUAUUAUUAUCCUCUACUUGAUCUUUUCUCUGUGUGUUCAUUCUUAAAAACAGAUGGCUGAAAGUAGUUUUCAACGUUCGUUCGUCGCCAUAAAAUGUGUCUCUUAACAAGUUUUACCCCCCCCCCCCAAAAAAAAAAAACAAAAACUGCACAGAUCAACAUUUCACACGACACAAGAGCACUGCACUUUCAUUGGAAAACAAACCCUCAGAACUGCAGACGUUAUUACUUUUUUGCUUCUUUCGGGAGAAAAAGAAGAAUGUUGAUCUUUUUUGACGCUUGGCCAUUUUUCAAAAUUGUUGUUUUUUUUUUUGUUGAGUUUCGAGGCUUCACUCAAAUCAACAAACUUUUUUUUUUUUAAAUCUAAAAACUACCCUCCCUUCCCCCUUCGCUCAGUCAGUCAUUGAAGAUGCGACCGUCACCCAGAAGGGAAGAAGAAGAAGAAGAAACAGCAUGUUUUUAAUUUUUUGACUUUUAUUUUUAUUUUCCAAGCAGUGCUGUGAAUCGUACGAGCUGUGAUUCUGUCCUUAUUUUGUCGUGCAUAUGUGGGGUAACUUUGCUAAGUGUGAAAAUAUUUUGACAAGUGCCACGCCCCGGCCUGUGCGAUGCUUACCAUAAUGUCUAUAAAACAGGAAGUGAUUUCUGCUGGUGGGACGAACACCAGAAAAGAUAGAAUUAUGAUUAUUAUGCUUCUGAUUAUUAUUAUUAUUAUUAUUAUGGUGACUUAUUAUUACUUCUACUGUAUCAUCAUUGCGACCAUGAUUAUUCUCAUAAUCAUUUAAGAGUCUAUUGUUUUGCCAUGUAUUUUUUAUUUUGAGAUUUUUAUUUUAGUUUUCUUUUUAUUAUUAAAGGCAAAAUGAACUAACA